AUGGCGCUGGAGCCGGGUGCCGAGGCGCUGCUGGACCUGAGCUUCCUGACGGAGGACGAGCGGCGCGCCAUCGCCGAGGUGCUGCGCCGGGACUCGCAGCUCCGCCGGCGCGAGGAGGGGCGCAUCAGCAAGCUGCGCAAGUCGGUGUCGGACCCGGCCCGGCUGCGGACCCUCACCGGGGACUGGUUCUGCGAUGUGCGCGCCCAGCGCCACCGGCACCACCUGGGCUCCGACCUCGUCCGCGCCUCCAUCCGCCGCAGGAGGCGGCCACGGGGAGCAGGGGACCCGGAGCGUGGCCCCAGCUUGGGCGAGCUGGAGGUGAUCGGCGAGCCGCUGGUGGAAGAGAAGGAGGACGAGGAGCCGGCGGUGACGGAGGAGAGCCCCUCUGAGGAUGGUGUCCAGGCAGAGCCCCAGCCUGGCCCCACGGCCCCGGCACCGGAGGGGACACCGGUGCCACCGACGCCGCAGGUGGACGUCCCGGCGAGGGAGCAGGACGGCCCGGGACAGCCAGGUGACAGAGUGGAUGGGAACCCCUUCGGCACGGCCAGCGUGGAGGAAGAUGAGGAGGAGCCCGAUCCUGCACACAGCAGCCCUGGGGCCGGGCAGGGUCCGGGGACCCCCCCACCGGGCCGUGCGUCCCCACAGAACGGCCACGUGCCCCCCAGCAGCCUGCUGACCGCCAGCUCCUCCGUGUCCAGCCUCAGCUCCUCCACGCUGAGCGGCAGCCUGAUGAGCCUGUACAGCGACGGGGAGCUGGGCAGGGUGCCCGUGCGGGGCUGCGUCCAGUUCUCGCUGCGCUACGACCCGGCCACGCAGGAGCUGCAGGUCCACGUGGUGCGGUGCCGCGAGCUGGCCGAGGCCAAGAAGCAGCGGUCGGACCCGUACAUCAAGACCUACCUGCUCCCGGAUAAGUCCAACCGCAGCAAGCGCAAGACCACGGUGCGGAAGCGGAGCUUGGACCCCAUCUUCAACGAGACCCUCAAGUACAAGCUGGAGAAGAGGGACCUGCAGGGCCGGACGCUGAACCUGUCGGUGUGGCACCACGACAGCCUGGGCAGGAACCUCUUCCUGGGCGAGGUGGAGAUCGCGCUGGGCGCCUGGGACUGGGCCAACACGCGCCCCGAGUGGUUCACCCUGCAGCCCCGGACGCCCGUGGCCCUGGACGGUCUCUCCAGCCGAGGCAACCUCAACCUGGCCCUGAAAUUCAUCCCCGCCGGCUCCGAAGGAGCGGGGCUGCCCCCCACGGGCGAGCUGCACAUCUGGGUGAAGGACGCGCAGGGCCUGGUCCCGCUGCAGGGCGGCACCGUGGACGCCUUCGUGCAGUGCUACGUGCUGCCCGAUGACAGCAAGGCGAGCCGGCAGAAGACGCGGGUGGUGAAGCGGAGCCUCAGCCCCCUCUUCAACCACACCAUGGUGUACGACGGCUUCCAGCCCAAGGACCUGGCCGAGGCGUGCGCCGAGUUCACCCUCUGGCACCGCGAGGCUUUCUCCAAGCGGCAGCUGGGCGGCGUGCGCCUCAGCCUGGGCACCGGGAGCAGCUACGGGCUGCCCGUGGGCUGGAUGGACUCGACGCCGGAGGAGCGGGCGGUGUGGGGCCGCCUGCUGCAGCAGCCCGGCUGCUGGGUGGAAGCGCUGCUGCCCCUCCGGACCAACCUCGUCCCCCGCACGUAG